AUGAACAAACUAAUAUUCAUUGGAAACUUUGUGAAUGAUACUAUUGUCAAUCAUAAGGACUUGAGUAUCAGUCGUGAACAAUCAUUCCACGAUCUACUAAAGUCUUGUGAGACAUCAAGAGAGUUGAAUAAUACAAAUGUGGAGAGAAAUACUGCACUUGGUGGAAGUGUAACAUAUGGUUCAUUGGCUUCAGCAGCAUUCGGUGGCACAACAAGUUAUAUAGUGACCAAUCUUGGCACAGACAUUGACGAUCAAUACAACAGACUCAUUUGUAAUGACUCUCAACGUGGAUGUAUCUCAACUCAAUACGUGGCACCAUCCGCCACGCCAAACACAGCCUAUCAACUCAACUAUUACAACAACAAAAAGAAUAGAACACUGUUGUUGAUGGAGAAGGGCAAGCGUAUCGACUCGGCUCAGUGCAUGCAAUGUCUUCGCGAGCAACAGCCCGACGCAGUAUUCUUUGUGCCCGUGGCCGAUGAGAUUGACACUGACCUGAUCAUGGACGUCCUCGAUGGCAUGAAGUCACUCAAGACCAAGCCAAUCAUCGCCUUUGACAUUCAAGGCCUGCUGAGGACAUUUGUCGGUACAAAGGUCACCACUCGACCAAAGGACGUCAUGAUCGAACGUCUCAAGCUCAUUGGCAACAAGCUCAACGCAGAUGGCUUCGUCUCAAUUCUCAAGUCCGAGUAUGGUGAGGCCGUGGCCAUCGUUGGAGAUGGACACACCGACCCAGCUACAUGCUCCAAGCUGAUAAGGACCGAGUUUGGAUUCACAUUCUCCAGCGUGACCAUGGGUGGCGACGGUGGAUUCAUCUCGUCCAGCACAACAGGCGAGGUGUACAUCCCCACGUUCAAGCCAGAGGUCGUCAAGGAUGAAACAGGCUGCGGCGAUACAUUCCUCACAUGUACUAUACUGGAACUGUUGACAACAUUGUCAAACAAGAAGAAGAUGACUGGAACUCAGAACAACGCAAGCGUAGCCAAUGAUUCAGCGCCACCAGUGUCAGCGGAAGAUGAUGUGUUGGGCGCACUAGGUCUGACACGCGACGAAAUCAUUCACUGCAUUGAGGUUGGCAGCGCAGGUGCUUCAUUCCUGGUCGAACAGAUUGGUCCCAAUGGAUUUGCCAACAGAGAUAGGAUAAUCGAUCGAGUCACCAAUGGACAGCGACAGGCCAAGUCCACCUACCUCCAAUUCAACAGUCCGGAUCAAUCAGCGCGUCCAUCCAAGCCACCCAAGUCAACAACGCACUAC